UCGGAGAGAGCGAGCACCGAGCUAGACCGCGGAGCGUGAGUGAGGGAGCCUACCCGCCUGCCCGCCAGCCGCCGCCGCUGCCGCCGCCUCCCCUCCGUAAGCAGGAGCCCCGGCCGGGGCUCGGCGCGUUGCCCCAGCCCCUCCCUCGUCGUCAGGUCGCGAGGGCAGCGAGAACGAGCAAGGGGGAGGGAGAGCGAGCGCCGGGAGGAGGCGGCCGGACCAAGCGAGCGCCCGCGCGUGUGGCGUGAGGGGAAGCCGCCUGCCCGCCCCCUUCGCCUUCCCUUCUCUCCCCCUCCCCGCUCCCCCCCCGACCGCGGAGCAGCACCAUGUCGGCGCCGGCGGCCAAAGUCAGUAAAAAGGAGCUCAACUCCAACCACGACGGGGCCGACGAGACCUCAGAAAAAGAACAGCAGGAAGCAAUUGAACAUAUUGAUGAAGUACAAAAUGAAAUAGACAGACUUAAUGAACAAGCCAGUGAGGAGAUUUUGAAAGUAGAACAAAAAUAUAACAAACUCCGCCAACCGUUCUUUCAGAAGAGGUCAGAAUUGAUCGCCAAAAUCCCAAAUUUUUGGGUAACAACAUUUGUCAACCAUCCACAAGUGUCUGCAUUACUUGGGGAAGAGGAUGAAGAGGCGCUGCAUUAUUUGACCAGAGUUGAAGUGACAGAAUUUGAAGAUAUUAAAUCAGGUUACAGAAUAGAUUUUUAUUUUGAUGAAAAUCCUUACUUCGAAAAUAAAGUUCUUUCCAAAGAAUUUCAUCUGAAUGAGAGUGGUGAUCCAUCCUCAAAAUCAACUGAAAUCAAAUGGAAAUCUGGAAAGGACUUGACGAAACGUUCAAGUCAAACGCAGAACAAAGCCAGCAGGAAGAGGCAGCAUGAAGAACCAGAGAGCUUCUUUACCUGGUUUACUGACCAUUCUGAUGCAGGUGCAGAUGAAUUAGGAGAGGUCAUCAAAGAUGAUAUUUGGCCAAAUCCAUUACAGUACUAUUUGGUUCCUGAUAUGGAUGAUGAAGAAGGGGAAGGAGAAGAAGAUGAUGAUGAUGAUGAAGAAGAAGAAGGUUUGGAAGAUAUUGAUGAAGAAGGGGAUGAAGAUGAAGGGGAAGAAGAUGAAGAUGAUGAUGAGGGAGAGGAAGGAGAGGAGGACGAAGGAGAAGAUGACUAAUAGAACACUGAUGGAUUCCAACCUUCCUUUUUUAAUUUUCUUCAGUCCCUGGGAGCAAGUUGCAGUCUUUUUUUUUUGUUUUUUUUUUCCUUCCCUCCCCCUCUUGUGCUCAGUCAACCCUGUUCUUGAGGUCUCUCUUCUCUCCUCUACACCAUGGUUCUCAACUUAUUUUGGGGGGAAAUAACUUGAGCAGAAUACAGUGGGAAAAGAAUCUCUAUCCCUUUCUGUUCCAAAUUAAUUUUUAUCUCUUCCUGUCUCAAGAAAAACUAUGGAAUCAACACACCACCAUGCUCUGUGGGAAAAAAGAAAAACCUUCUGCUCCCUUCACUCUGCUGGAAGCUGGAGGGUGCUAGGCCCCUGUGUAGUAGUGCAUAGAAUUCUAGCUUUUUUCCUCCUUUCUCUGUAUAUUGGGCUCAGAGAUUACACUGUGUCUCUAUGUGAAUAUGGACAGUCAGCAUUUACCAACAUGUAUCUGUCUACUUUCUCUUGUUUAAAAAAAGAAAAAAAAACUUAAAAAAAAAAUGGGGUUAUAGAAGGUCAGCAAAGGGUGGGUUUGAGAUGUUUGGGUGGGUUAAGUGGGCAUUUUGACAACAUGGCUUCUCCUUUGGCAUGUUUAAUUGUGAUGUUUAACGGACAUCCUUGCAGUUUAAGAUGACACUUUUAAAAUAAAAUUCUCUCCUAAUGAUGACUUGAGCCCUGCCACUUGAUGGGAGAAUCAGCAGAACCUGUAGGAUCUUAAUUUGGAAUUGACAUUCUCUAUUGUAAUUUUGUUCCUGUUUAUUUUUAAAUUUUCUUUUUGUUUUCACUGGAAAGGAAACAUGAUGCUCAGUUUUAAACGUUAAAAGUGUACAAGUUGCUUUGUUACAAUAAAACUAAAUGUGUACACAAAGGAUUUGAUGCUUUUCUCUCAGAACAGAUAACUUAAGACGUCCAAGUUUGACUUGUUUAACAUUACUGUCAAACUAUCACCUUAACUCCGUAUAUUUUUAUACGCACUUUGCAGGAUGACCUCAGGGCUAUGUGGACUGAGUAAAGGGAUUUGAGUCAAUAUAUUAAAGGCUCCAUAGCUGGGAUACAUUGGGUACAGUUUGCCAUCGGUUUCUAGAAAUGUUCACAUCAUUGGGGAUACCAGAUUAUGCAAAACUCAGUAUGUGUACCCUUGGUUUUUAUCUCUAAUGGCAUUUUUUAAAAAUGGGCCCUUAUUUACCGGGAUGUAAUAAUGAUAAUAGUGCCUGCCACCACCAUCAGACCUGGUGCUCUAAUGCCGAGUCACACACGGGGCAGUUGCUGGCAUGUCUUCACUGGCACUAUAGCUUGUGUCUUAGAAGACAGGCUUUCGGUAUAAGUCCGUGUUGGUGGUGAGAAACUCAGGUUAGGAGUACUUUCCUUUGUCUCAAGUACCAGCUCUCGCAUAAAGCUAUCUCAAAUGAGACUCAUCUAUGUGAAUCUGGGUGAGAUGAUGGACUCUGCUUGGUCUGCUAAAUGCCAUUGUGCAUAUAAUAACAUUUUGAGAAGCUACCUAAUGCAUAAGCUUUUUUAAUGCUGUAAAAUAUGUAGCUAAAUCAAUGCCACUUACGUUUUCAGAGAUGAAUCAAUGGCCAGCCUGGUCAAAUUCAAAACUUUUGAUGUAUAAAACUUUAUAAAUGGGACUAUAUUCCAUCAAGAGGCAAAGUGUAACGAAACUUGUUUAGAUGGAUAGUAUGUAAUUUCUCUGCACAGGUCUCUAUGUUUAGUAAAUACAUCACUGUACCGGUCAGGAAUCUUGCUCCAAUAAAGGAACAUAAAGAUUU